AUGACGAAAGCUUUAAAGAUGGACCACUUUAAGAGGCAGCGGUAUGGCCUCCGGAAAAGGCGGGGGUCAGCGGACUCAAAUUAUUCCCAACCGUCUUCAGAGUUGUCGCUGGACGAAGAUAGGGAGGCUCAGAGACGUGAAAAGGAGUCACAAGCCCUGUUACAACUGGAUAAGGCACGGUCUAAGCCGGUGGCUUUUGCCGUCCGCACAAACGUAGCGUAUGAUGGGACCCUGGACGAUGACUCGCCGGUGCACGGUAGUGCGAUCUCGUUUAAAGAAAGGGACUUUCUUCACAUCAAGGAGAAAUACGACAACAACUGGUGGAUCGGACGGAAAGUGGAGGUCGAUGCUGAUGUGGGGUUCAUCCCAUCGCCGGUGAAGUUGGAAGCUGUGCGCUCAGGGCUCGCGGCCAGGGGGGAGAUAUCCGCGCCCCACAUCCGGCCUAGCCCCCCACCCCUCGCAGACGCUCCCCAGCCGAGGUAG